AUGGCGAUCAAGCAUAACCAGACCAUCCCGAAAAAUCAUUUCCACAAGGACUGGGCUCGCCGUGUUCGGGUACAUUUCGACCAGCCUGGUCGCAAACACCGUCGUCGAGAGGCUCGUCUCGCAAAGGCGGCUGCGGUUGCCCCGCGCCCUGUUGAUAAGCUUCGUCCUGUCGUUCGGUGCCCUACUGUCAAAUACAAUCGUCGCGUGAGAGCUGGGCGUGGCUUUACCCUUCAAGAACUGAAAGAAGCUGGAAUACCCCGUAAACUCGCGCCAACAAUCGGCAUUGCGGUUGAUCACCGCCGCGUCAAUGCCUCCACCGAAUCCCUCACUCUCAACGUCGCUCGCCUAAAAGAGUACAGGGCUCGCUUGAUCCUCUUCCCCCGCCGUGCUGGCCAACACAAGAAGCUCGACUCCUCUGCCGAUGAGAUAAAGGCUGCCCAGGACACUUUUGCCAAGAAAAUCACCGCCCUCUUGCCUGUGAACAACAUCAGCCACGCCGGGGCCAUUUCGGAAAUCAGUAAGCGUGACCUAGGUGCUGGUGUCGAAGGUGGCGCAUACCGAAAAUUGAGAGUCGCGCGGAGCGAAGCAAGACUAGUUGGUGUACGGGAGAAGCGGGCUAAGGCGAAGGCUGAAGAGGCUGCAGCGGCGAAGAAAUAG